UCCAAAUUCCUUUGUCAUUCUUUUGUCAGUAUAUGUCCUAAGUGGAGGUAGAUUUUGUUAAUUUGUUAACGAGAUUUCUAGACUUCUUUGAGCGUGACGAAAAAUUAAGUUCACAAGGAAAGUAUUGCACUCAAUUACAACAAUUAUUACUGUAACAUAAUGGAACAGGUUAAUCAGUUAAAAGAAAAGGGGAACGCUGCUCUAUCCUCUGGAAAUUAUGAUGAAGCUGUCAAAUAUUACACGCAAGGUAUUAACUUAGACCCGAAAAACCACGUUUUAUAUAGUAAUCGUUCGGCAGCAUACGCUAAUGCCGGUAACUAUAGCGCUGCUUUGGAAGAUGCAAACAAAUGCGUGUCGUUGAACCCUAGUUGGAGCAAAGGAUAUUCAAGAAAGGGCAGCGCCUUAGCUUUCUUAAGAAACUACGAUGAGGCCAUAGCAGCAUACACAAAGGGUCUGGAAUUGGAUCCUAGUAAUCAACAACUGGCCAAUGGGCUAGCAGAGGUGAAAAAGUCGAAAAAACUAAGUGAAGAUGUAGACUUGAGGAUGGAACAGUUAUUUCAGAAAUUACGAGCCAACCCAAAGACAAAGGAGUGGCUUAAUGACCCUGAAUAUGUUAAAAUGGUCAAAAAUUUAGCUGCAGGGACCGAUCCUUAUGAUUCUUUACUGCAAGACAUGAAAACUGAUUCAAGGCUGGUCACCACUAUGGGUGUCAUGUUAGACUGUGAAUUGCCUAUGGAUGUGGACCCACCAGCUGAACCCAAACCCACCACAACUCCAAAGAAAGAAGAACCGCCAACACCAAAAUAUGAUGAUUUACCUGAAAACCGUAGAUUGGCUUUAGAGGAGAAGGAUAAGGGAAACGAGUGUUAUAAGAAGAAAGACUUUUCAAAUGCAAUUGUUCAUUACAACAAAGCCAUUGAACAUGAUUCAACAGAUAUCACAUUCUACACAAACAUUGCAGCAGUGUAUUUUGAGCAAAAAGAAUAUGAGAAGUGCAUCAAGGAGUGUGAAAAAGCUAUUGAAAUAGGAAGAGAGAAUAGAGCUGAUUACAAAUUAAUUGCAAAAGCAUUCACUAGGAUUGGUAAUGCUUAUAAAAAACUAGAACAAUGGAAGUUAGCAAAGACAUACUUUGAAAAGUCAAUGUCUGAACACAGAACUCCUGAGAUCAAAACGCUUCUGAGUGAGGUUGAGAAGAAGAUUGUAGAGGAAGAGAAAAAGGCAUAUAUAGAUCCUGUUAAAGCUGAGCAGGAGAAGGAGCUAGGCAAUGAUUACUUUAAAAAAGGUGAUUACAGCACGGCAAUGAAGCACUACACAGAAGCUAUAAAACGUAAUCCUGAUGAUCCCAAGCUAUACUCUAAUAGGGCUGCAUGCUACACGAAGUUAGCUGCAUUUGACUUAGGGCUCAAGGAUUGUGAAGUUUGCUGUAAACUAGACCCCAAGUUCAUUAAAGGCUGGAUCCGAAAGGGGAAAAUUCUUCAGGGCAUGCAACAACAUGCUAAGGCUCUGACAGCAUAUCAAAAGGCGCUAGAACUGGACCCCAGUAAUGCUGAGGCAGUAGACGGAUAUCGUGCAUGCUCCACUCAACUCAACUCAAAUCCAGAGGAGGUCCGCAAACGUGCAAUGGCAGAUCCUGAUGUACAGGCCAUACUCCGUGAUCCAGCAAUGCGCUGUAUUCUGGACCAGAUGCAGCAGGACCCUCAUGCACUGCAGGAUCACCUCAAGAAUCCAGAGAUUGCGGCUAAGAUUCAGAAGUUGCUGGAAUCUGGUUUAAUAGCCAUACAUUAGUUUAGUGAUCAUUGGGACUGAUUUGUUUUUCCUUAGUGCCUGAGAGAAAACUGCAAUGAGAAAAAAAAUGGUAUUACCAGUGCUACAUUUUCUACGAUUUUAAUGCUAUCUAGGUAAUAUAUUUUUGAAGCCUAAGUCUUACUUAUUUUUUUUUUAACAAGGUAUAUAUCCAUAAUAUUAGCUAUAUUAACAUGAAAUAUGUUACCCAUUUGUAUUUGUGUAUCUUGUUUAUAAAAUAUUCAAUCAUCAAUUAAUUGGUAUACUUUUGCCUGUUGGCUUCAACACCAAAAAAAAUACAUAGAAGAAAAUAUCAUAUCAAUGAAAUAUUUACAAUAUUAUUGCCAACAGGAUGUUUUACUGACUGGAAAAACUAAAAAAAAGAACAAAUAAACAAAGGUAGUAGAAAUAUUACCUACUCAAACUGUUAUUUCUUUGUGUGUAGAGCCAAAUAGUUUCAGUUUCUACUUAGUAAUAAAAUUAUAUGUUAGUUGAAGCGAAUCAGUCCUGUUAGUUUCUAAAUAAAUAUAAACUCCGAUUAUGUUCAGUUGAAUUAAUGAAUGUUGUCGCCUACAUUUAUAGUAAAAUAUAUAAUAAUAUUAAUCCAUUCCAGAUUAACUUCACAAGAAUGCAUUGGCAUAAUUAAAAUGUAUUGCAUUAUAUAUCUCAAGAUAUGUAUUCAGUUUAUAUUGGCAAGUGUGAGUGCUGGUAACUGUUUUAUAAGUUAUUAAAUAAAUAUUAUUUUAGCCUC